AUGGCCUCCUCGGCUACAGUCUCCCCACAGCCCGAACCGUCCUUGGAGCAACGUCUUGACCUCUCACUCCUUCUCCUUGCAAUUUCCAGAGGAAUUGACCUCAAUGCAGUAAGUACCGCCAAGUGGAGGGAUUAUGAGGCGUGGCUGAUGAGCCUGCCUGAAGGAGAAAUUCCGUCAGAAUCUGAAAUUAACUUCAACUUUCGAACAGAUGCCUUCAGUCAUCCAGACGAGCUAACCAUGGAUAUUGUCCUCGGGGAUGCGUUGCAGUACCUACAGAUCCGGGAACUUGGCUGCCUCGCCAGUCGCAAAGUACGAGGAUAUUCUCAUGAAGAACUCGUUGCGUCCCUCCAGAGGCUUCUGGAGUUGUCACAGCCCUGGCCAGCGAAAUUUCCAAGUGUGCUAGGGGCGUCGCCCAUCGCAGAGGACAUGGAUUACGUCUUGUUUCAACAUGCCCUCAAGUUGGCUAUUGCGCAGCUGGAGCAAGGUGUUUUGCCGAUCGAGCCACUGGCCAUGAACAAUCCCUUCGGUGACACUUGGGCAAACUAUCUCGAUGCUGCCUUAGCACGAGAACGUGCACGAAAUGAUCGAUCUCUCAGGAGCGAAGAUAGGGGGCUUCUUCAGAACGACAAAACCGCGGUAAGUCUCCCCCAGAUCCCGCCCCAAGCGACAGGCUUUUCAACCCCAAUCUACGUGAGGAGGUCUCCCAGUGCUAUCUCAGCUGUUUUUGCAACGACGCAUUCGCAGACUCCAUCCUCGGGGACCAGCGGUUGUUCUAUCACACCCAGCGAAAGCGUCUCGCAAGUCCGGAAUGAUCAGACCAGCACGUGCAGGUACCUCCGCAGACCUGGAUACAUUUCCAUGGUUUUUGACCAUUCGCUGCAGGAAACGGCAAUUUCGCCUCAGCCGGUUCGUCAACAACAGGGGAUAGAGAUCGAGGGAAGUGGAAUGUCGCAGACAGUAGCGGCUGAGCAGCAAGAGCAAGAAGGAAUGGACGUGGCUCUAGGGAGGGUCGAGGCCGUGAUCGAUCAGUGGCUACAGGAAGAAUCAGGUGAGCCGCGUACCCGUCAAUAG